AGGAGCAUUUACACAGCACUAUCCACUACACUACACUACACCAAAGGGCAAGGCAAAGAGAGAGGAACUUUAACGUCCUUCAGUUGUAUCGUUCGCUUCGCCCGGGGUCGGACGUCACCCAAUUCAACUCCUCGCGCCCAGAACUUUGAUCCAAGUCGUCUAGCGGACCUGUUUUUGAAUUGUUCUUCUCAACUGAAAAUUUCGCCGCUUGCGCAUUGACUGAUUAUUGACAGUUGUGGGUUUAUUUCAUCGCCGGAUUACCUUGUGUAUUAUUAGCGACUCCAUUUCUCUUUCGUCGGCUGUAACAAAUUGAAUCUAUCUACAACUUAUCCAGCUGCAUAGUGCCACAACUAUCAUUUGUGAUUUUUAUUGACCACCGCAUCAUCGUCGACGAGAGAUUUCCAGGACCGGCUCGACCAAAAGGGCUCCCGCUACGGAAUUUCCCAUGGCCCGCUGAGGAGUGUCCAGCUCAUCUCUCGUUGAAACCAACCCCUAGAAAAACCUGUGACGCAAUUCCUUGAAUUUCUCUGAACAAAAAGUCAUGGAGAAUCUGAUCGUUGUUCAACUGCUACUCGCAGUUUUGACGGCUGUCCUCGGCAUCUCUUCUGGUUUUCAACAGCACCACCAAGAGGUCGAGAGUCAUCACGGACACCACGGCAAAGAACACGAUUUCCGCCAACCCAGCCAGCGCGAUUUGGAACAGUCGAUGGUUUGGUUCAACCACAGCGGAGCCCGCACCUACUCUUCGCUGGUGUUCGACGUGACGCGAGGUCAACUUAUCGUGGCCGCCAGGGAUUAUCUAUUCCGCCUGAGCUUGGACGGACUGGCUCUCUUGGAGGAAUCGCGCUGGCCAGCCGCCGACGAAGUGGUCCGUCUCUGUCAAGACAAGGGCCAGUCGGAGGACGACUGUCACAACUACAUCCGCGUUCUGCACGUCCACGGUGAACGAAUUCUGGCGUGCGGGACCAACGCCUUCUCGCCGCGCUGCUCCUGGCGUCCGGUUGAGGCCAUCGACGUCGUCUCGGAAUGGUCAUCGGGCGUUGCCAGGUGUCCGUACAGCCCACACAGCCACAUCAGCAGUUUACUGUCGAGCGGACCCGCAGGCUCGGCCGAUUUGUACAUCGGCUCGCCGACGGACUUCUCCGGCCAGGACAACGCAAUCUACCGGCUGCCUUUGCCCUCGUCCGCUUCAUCAUCGGCCGGCAGCAGUGCCACUCCUCAGCACAUUAAAGGGCGUCUGAGGACGAUGCAGUACAACGCCAAGUGGCUCAACGUUCCCGACUUUGUCGGCUCGGUGGAAGCCGACAACUUUGUCUACUUCUUUUUCCGGGAGGCGGCCGUCGAGUUCAGCAACUGCGGCAAGGCCGUUUACUCGCGAGUGGCCCGCGUCUGCAAGAACGACUUGGGCGGCGGCCAGCUGAUGCUCAAAGACACGUGGACGACCUUCCUCAAAGCCCGGCUCAAUUGCUCACUGCCAGCCGAGUACCCGUUCUAUUACGACCACAUUCAGAGCGUCACUUUCUUGGAAGAGGAGCGGCUCUUUUACGCCACUUUUACAACCUCAGAGAAUUCGAUCGCUGGAUCGGCAGUUUGCUCUUUUACGCUCGAUUCGAUGCAAGAGACGUUCGCUGGGCCGUUCAGGUCCCAGUCGAGCCCCACGUCGACUUGGGAGAGCGUCCACUCGACUCACGCUCACUCGCACUGCAGCUCCCACCACCCGGCCCAUUCGAGUUCCAGCAGCUCCCUAUUGGAAGCUGAAAAAUACCAGCUGAUGGAUCGGGCUGUCCAGCCAAUCUCUCGACCCGGCAAGAACGGAAAUGGGCCACUCAUUCGGCUCGAUUUAGAACGAUUCAGUCACAUCGCCGUCGACGUGGUGGCCACCAAAAUUCAUUCAUUCGUCCACGUCCUCUACGUGGCGUCGCGAGACGGUCUCGUUCGCAAGUAUUCCGUCUUGCCCAGGACCCAGGAAGCCUGUCUGGUCGAGAUCAUCGAUCCUCUGGCCCUGUCUAGCCAACUGGCCGACCGCCAGAUCAAAACGAUGCAAUUUCUCAAACAGCAAAACGCUCUGUACAUCGGAACGGAAAACGAGGUGAUCCGGCUUGGCGCCAGCCAACGAUGUAAGCGAUUCACCACCAAGACGCAGUGUCUCAAUUCCAUGGAUCCUUACUGCGGCUGGCAAUCCGCGCUGGAGGAGUGCACGCCGCCUCCCAACAAGAAUCCGCUCGUCUCCUAUUGGCAACAAAGCAUCACCAGCUGCCCCAUACUCAACGCUCCAGUUGACGGCGGAUGGGGCGAUUGGAACGAUUGGUCGCAGUGCGCCCACACCGGUGAGGGCGCCCAGGGGGAUCGCUGUUCUUGCCGCCAGCGUCAUUGCAAUCGACCGGCACCAGCGCAUGGAGGCCAGCGUUGCUUGGGCCACAGCCACGAAGUGGCCAAUUGCACACGUCACGGAGGCUGGACCGAAUGGUCAGCCUGGUCGGCCUGUUCGCAGACCUGCGGCUUGGCCGUCAAGACACGCCGGCGAUCCUGCGGCAAUCCGGAACCAGCUUUCGGCGGUCGACUUUGCGUCGGUCCCGACCGCGACGAAAUCUACUGCCCGAGCAAUCCUCCUUGCCCGGUGAAAAGCGUCCCACCCAUCGACGGCCAGUGGUCCGAUUGGGGCGACUGGAGCGAGUGCACGGCGUCAUGUGGCGGAGGCUUCCGUUCCCGGCUGAGGCGCUGCGACAAUCCGCCGCCGCAACACGGCGGAACCGAUUGUUCCGGCUGCGGUGUCGAGUACCAGACUUGCAAUGCUCACUCUUGUUCCGAGGCCAAGAAAGUCACUACAUGGACGCCCUGGCUGCUGGCCAACGACACGGAUCUCGGACGCAUCGAGAGACGAUUCCGUUUCUCUUGCAAGGCGCCCGUCGACACGAACCUACUCAAAGUUGGCACCAUGAAACUCGAGGAGCGCAUCUGCCACACGGACGGCACCUGUCUGAGAACAGAUUCAGGGAAUACGGAAGGCGGUUGGUCUGAAUGGUCAGAAUGGACGGAAUGUUCACGCCAGUGCGGCGGAGGUCGGCAACAACGCACAAGGACUUGCGACGGACCCGGUUACCUGCGGUCGUCCGACUGUGACGGUCCCACCUUGAUGGAGCGCGCCUGCAACCUCCAGCCGUGCAAAGGUGUCUGGAGUUGCUGGACCGAGUGGUCGGUUUGUUCCGUCACCUGCGGACAAGGUACCCGGUCUCGCUCGCGUACGUGUUCCGUCGAAGGCGGUGAUGACUCGUCCAGUAGAAACGAACUGGACAUUGAAGGAUGCGUCGGCCCUUCGGAGAUGAAGGAGUACUGCAACAAUCCCAGUUGUGAACCUACAGAAGGAUGGGACGCCUGGUCGUCGUGGUCCCUGUGCGACGCCGACGGAAUGCAAGUGCGGAGGCGCAGGUGUAUGAUUGGCGAUCUCGAUCACGCACCCGCUCCGGGAUUGUGUCAGGGGCGUAGCCAAGAGGAACGCGUUUGCAUCAGCAAUCUAGAAGACAACACGCUAGCGGUGACUUCGUUGAGCGGUGAAUCGGAUCAAUCUUCAACCAAACUGAUCGUCGGUGCGGCCAUCGGCGGUCUCCUGCUGGGCGUCAUUUUGGUGGCGAUCGGCCUAUGGUUUGGCCUUCAGAGGAACGAUGGCCAGCUGGAUCUGGGUCGAUUCGGAACGAUUGUCGGCGGCAGUAAGCCGCGCAUUCCGUCCAGUCCACACUAUUUGUCCGCCAAACAGCAGAAUCAUUACGUGUCUGUCGGAUCACUCGAUUGGAAGAAAUCGAGUGUCAUCGAGGAAGUCGGCGGGAACGGGAGUAUCAGUCGAGGACUCCGACCGCCACCAUUGAAAAUCAGCAACAGCAACAUCGGCAUGAGUCCCGAAUUCCCUGCGGAUCGUUGCGCGACUAUCAAGCGCAACAGCGGCGGCCACAAUCAAAUGAGGACCAACAUCGAAUCAGACAGCUUAUACCGUUGACCGAAAUUAUUUUUAAAUGACUCUCUCAAAUUCGUCUUUUCAAUCGACGUGAUAUAACUUUUUGAAACAUGCAAAUCCCCAUUGAUUCGAAAAGUUUUUAUCGAUUGAACGUCCAUAAAUAAUUGUUUUUCAUAUCUUCUAACCUCGUCAAAGAGUAUAACCAAGUCAGAUUAUGUUUGACUCUUUUAUUUUUAUUUUUUUCUAAAUGGAGAAUUUGUCUGAAUGUGCGUGAAUGUGGUUUAUGCGUGAUUGGGUUUCACUCUAUCUGUACAUUACUACAGUUACUUUCGGUUGAUCGUGAUGAUGUAAUACUCUUCAAUUGUGGUUUUGUCAGGGUUUUGUUGACUUGUUUGCGCUUGUCUGUACAUAUCUAGAGUUGUUCAUGUCACGUUAGCCUCACGCCACAAAGUAUCCUCUAAGAUGGAUUCAAGCCAGCUCAAAACUCCAUUCGUUCGUAAUAUACAUACGUGAAUUUGUGUAAAAAAAAAAAAAAUCAAAUUUAAAUACUAAAUUUAAACGUUAACCCUACUUCGACAUUAUCGUAGACGCAUAUAACCUACAUACCUGACCAUCGCCUUAACCAGAGCCUUUAAUUAUUAUUUAGUAUUAGCUGCAUUUUUUUUUUAAACUGACAUUUUCAUUUCAUAUCUAAAACCAUACACAUCAUCCGGGUCAAUUAGUUCAUGUACAAUUGGUCAAAACGAAGCUAUACAAAAGGCUAUGUCUUUAAAUAUAACUUUCUCGGUAAAGUUUUUUCGGUGAAUAUCAUGUGCCAUAAUCAUAUCGUUACUUAAAUAGUAUUACACUGCAUUACGCCUGACAUUAGUCGUACAUGUAUCAAAGUAAGUACUACACGUAUUUAACGAUUGAUCGAUUUCAUUUUGUUUUUAAUUGUUCGGUUUAUGUUUAUGUUCUGCAAUGUGUUGCUUGCCUUAUAAUGCCUUAUUCAUAUUGUUGUGGGAAAUACACCACGACGCUCUCGUUGUCUUCAAAAAUA